GCCAUUCGCGCUCUCACAUUCCACGGGUCAGCUGAGCCGCGCACACAUCGCGGCACUCAGACGAUCGGUUCCAUAGCAUUCGAUGAUGGCAUCGGGUACAGGCCUGGUAGCGCUGCAAUUUACUGAGCCGGAGAGGCGACCACAACCUCAAAAGCAGAGCAGUGGCUACUUCGAUGAGCAUUUUGAGCGCCUGAGGCCCUUCGGUCAAGGCGCUUUCGGAGAAGUUUGGUGCUGCAAGGAUCACUUGGAUCGUGAGCCCUGUGCGGUGAAGGCCGUGCGCUACAAGGGCGGCACAGGUGUUGAGAUGAGUGUCAUCCGGGAGGCUCAAAUCCUGGCGGGCAUGGAUCAUCCCAACAUCGUGCGUUGUGAUCACGCCUGGAUCCAGACCGACACCGUCGACGGUGACACCACCGCGGGCUCCACGCGUGCCUCCAGUUGGCCCUCUACACCCAUGACGCCCUUCGCGCUGGCGCCCCACUUCCACCGUGACGCGCCCAAUUCGGAACCGCCGCAUCUGAAGCUCACGGAAGGCGUCGCCACAGAGACGCUGAAUUUCACCUAUGAUGCGACGGAGAGCGAUCUGAUUUGUUUCGAGAUGCAAGAUGAGGAAGGUGUUUUCAGCUCUCCUCCGGAUCCGCAGUCUCCAAUUCGCACGGAUUUGGGGCGGAUCGUGGUUGGCCUUCCAUG